AUGCGCUUCCCCAGAUUUUUACAACAUUCCACCACAGCUUUGCUCUGCGGGGGGCUUAUGGGAACCACACUCGCAAAGGGAGACCAGCCCAAUAUAGCUGUCCAAACCCUGAUACCUCAAGUAGAUCCUACCAACACAAACGUAGUCACCGGUAUCGGGGUCUCCUAUCCAACCGCCUCAACAAAUCACAAGAGCAACGGCAGCAUCAUCAACAGCAAAGAAGGAUACGAGACUGAAGUCCACAGCCUCUACGUCACCACAACAGCCAUCACAUUCGUCGAUCUCGUUCUUCCCGAGAGUGAGGAUGAUGAGGAUGACCGCGGGAGCAACACGGAGAUGCCCACGGAGAUGCCCACAUGGACGGUCUUCUUUUUUGCAGCAGUACUGGACGUUGUUAUUCGAGGGGCUUUUGUUUGA